AUCCAACAUGGCGAACAGAACGGUUUCGGAUGCGAAAACAGUCAAAGGGACUAAUCCACAGUAUUUAGUGGAGAAAAUCACCAGAGCUAGGAUCUAUGAGAGCAAGUACUGGAAAGAACAAUGCUUUGCCCUUUCAGCUGAACUGCUUGUCGACAAAGCAAUGGAAUUAGAUCACAUUGGUGGGACCUUUGGAGGCAAUAUCAAACCAACUCCAUUUCUAUGCUUGUUACUCAAGAUGCUUCAAAUCCAGCCAGAAAAGGAGAUCAUUGUCGAGUUUAUUAAAAAUGAUGACUACAAAUAUGUCCGAGCCCUUGGAGCCAUGUAUAUGCGUCUUGUUGGCACAUCUUUAGAUUGCUUUAACUACCUUGAACCACUAUUUAAUGACUACAGAAAACUCAAGAAAAAGAACAGAAAUGGAGUGAUGGAAAUCGUACACAUGGAUGAAUUUAUCGACAACCUACUCAGAGAAGAAAGAGAAUGCGAUGUCAUCUUACCAAGAAUACAGAAAAGAAAUAUUUUAGAAAGUACUAACACCAUAGAACCACGACGAAGCCUCCUUGAAGAUGAUCUCGAAGACAUGGAAUCAGAAGAGGAGGAGGAAGAAGAACCAGAGUCUCCUCCACAUCGCCGUCGAAGCCACAGUCGUUCACCCGAAGAUCUUUCUAGAAGAAAAUAUCGCGACCAUGAUAGACCCCGACGUCGAAGCCGAUCACCCCACAGACGUAGCCGUUCUCGAAGUCGCUCUCCGAGGCGCAGGCGAAGAAGUCCAUCGCCACGAAGAAGACGUCGAACUCCAUCGCCACAUCAUCGUAGGCACAAAAGUCGGAGUCGUUCCCGUUCGCCUCGUCGUCGGCAUUCCCGAUCCCGCUCGAGAUCGCGUUCGCCUCGUCGUCGUCAUCGUUCCCGUUCUCGAUCAAAUACUCCCGAAAAGUCUUCAAAACACAAGAAAUCGAAAAAGGAUAAAAGUGACAAGAAAGAAAAGAAGAGACACGACGAUGAAGGAACGAGUAAAGAAAGUCUUGAAAUCAAGGAAGCUAAUGAACUGAGGGCUAGUCUAGGUCUAAAGCCGCUCAAAUAAAUGCCUUCACAGAUAUCUUCGCGAUAGCUAAGACAACGUUACAUAAUAGGCCCUUUGCAGCUAAGCAAUCACGUGCUGAUCAAUUCACUGAGAGCAAAUGAAUGAACAUUUUGAUUCCCAUGGGUGAAAUUUACUGGACUGCAAACAAACUUUCUACAACCGGUUUCGAG